AUGGAUCAUGAAAUUGUGGAGCAACCGGAUGAGUCGGUAGCGUCACUUAAGGACCUUAACGUCUCGGAUCGUAAGAGACUCUCUAAUGUCAUUCACGGAAGAAAAGCUAGUACAUAUUUGCGAAUCUUCAGAGAUGAUGAUUCCAUCACUGAACCAGAAACAGUCGAACGUCCUACAGAACCAAAGAGACGUAAGUCAUUAUCUUUAUAUGAUACCCAUUAUAACUCUUCAACGUUACCUCGCAGGAAGUUUUCAAGGUCCAAGGAUAACUUAUCCCAAGUGCGACCAAAGAAACAGGAUGAUUCUCCAAAUCUGAAGCCAGUGUCUUCCGCGACCUAUUACCCACAUAAGGCGAAGGAGAACAAUGACGAUGAUGUUCUUGAUGAAGAGAUUGUACCGAAACUUUCACCUAGUCGGUCGAUGGAGAGAGAUGAUUAUUCAGAGGCGAUUGAAUCUGAUGACGAAGAUGAUCAAGAUACCGAUUUUCCAUUAGCAGUUGAGUUGCAGCCUUUUACCAACAAUGUGGGGGGACAUACCGCAAUCUUUCGUUUCUCCAAGAGAGCAGUUUGUAAGGCUCUGGUCAAUAGAGAAAACGAAUGGUACGAAAAUAUAGAGAUUAAUCACAAGGAACUUCUACAGUUCAUGCCCCGGUAUAUUGGUGUAUUGAACGUAAGACAGCAUUUCCACAGUAGAGACGAACCUUUGAAUCAAGUUCCAUCAGAGAAGAGCAAAAAGAAAUCGAUCGAUGAACCAACGACAAAUAACGUUGGGGAACCGCUAAAACAGAUUCAGUCACUGCCAUGUGAUUCGGUUUAUUUGGAUUACCCACAGCAGGCACUUCCGGAAGUGGUCCUGAACGAUAACAGGCAUAUCAUACCGGAAUCCUUAUUGUAUUUUUACCCACAGUCAUCACCCAAUUCCGCACCUAGUGAUUCGUACCUACUCUCUUUAAACAAUCGUCAUUCUGUUCCAUGUGAUGGUGAGAACAACAUCACAGGAUCUACUACGGUCAAUACAAAGUUGAAAGAAUUGGUCUUGCAAGAAGUAUUUGCUCCAGCGCAUAAUUGCUCGAGACCAAGACGAUCAAGUAAAAAAAACCGUGCUUCGUCUCAUGGCAACUCGAGGCGUAACUCCAAUCAGUCAUUAAAAAACCUUUCCACGCGAACUGCAAAUUCACCACUUUUAAAGAAAUCGACCAAGGAAAGUAUAUCAAAUGCCAUCACUAGUCCCAGUUCAGUCAUGGAUUUAAAGCAACUAAAGAGGAAAGAGAUGGCUAGAGAAAACAUUAGAAACUCCGCUCAACUAUCCCCUAGCUGCAGCAACAAAUCGUCACCUUUGAUACACACUAAUGAAGCUAUUUCUCCUCUAACCUUACCUGUGGAUCGCAUGAAUAGUGAGGACAUCUUUAACAUGGAUGACGAAGACGAUACAGAUUUGAGGAGGAACCAGUUGCCUGAACCAGCUCUCAGCCCUGCGCAAGACAAGAAAAAUGAUGACUCGGUUUCAUAUGAAGAACACUCUGACAGCAUUGUCUCCAAGUUCAUUCUCCUGGAGGAUUUGACACGAAAAUUGAAUAAACCAUGCGCACUUGAUUUAAAGAUGGGUACAAGGCAGUAUGGCGUAGAUGCCACUCGAAAGAAACAGCUUUCUCAACGGGAGAAAUGUCUCAAGACCACAUCAAGGAAACUGGGUGUACGCGUUUGCGGGUUAAAGACGUGGAAUGGCUCCUACUACAUUACAAGGGACAAGUAUUUUGGAAGAAGGGUCAAAAUCGGCUGGCAAUUCACAAGGGUCCUUGCCAGAUUCAUUUACGAUGGCCAAAUCAUAAGCAGCAUCAUUAGACAGAUUCCGCGACUUGUCAAACAACUGGAUACGCUCGCUACAGAGAUUUCAGCAUUGAAGGGAUAUAGACUUUAUGGUUCGUCAUUACUUCUAAUGUACGAUGGAAGUAACCCUGGUAACAAGAGGUGUCGAGUGAAAGUAAACUUGAUCGACUUCGCUCGUUGUGUUACCAAAGACGGAUAUGAUCAAGCCUAUCAAUCGUUCCGUAUACCUCCCAAGAAUCCAGAUAAGGAGGACCGUGGAUUUCUUCGUGGGAUACGUAGUUUGAAAUUCUAUCUCAACUCGAUUUGGAACUAUCUAACAGGUGAUGUGCCACUUUGUAAUGAUGAUGAAGAGCUUGAACAAUUGAUUGAGAGACACAGGGAAAAAUUUGACAAGAAUUGGGACUGGUUAGAUCAAUUCGAUAAAGAGAAAGAGGAGGAUUUCAAUAACCCAAACAGCGAAUUACGAACGAAAUGGAGGAAAUACGAGUUAAUCUUCGACCUGGAACCGGUAUAUAACGACGAUGUAGAGGUCAGUGACUAA